AUGAUUACAUAACCAUGUAAUUAUUUUUACACCAAAAAAUCAACUAGAUUCUAUAAUGUUUAGGCAGGCAUUCUAAAUUAUGCAGUGAUUUUUUACGAGACAUUAUCAUAAUUCGUCAUGGCCGGAAAAGAAAUUAUCCACAUCCACAUUGGGCAAGCCGGUGUGCAAGUCGGCAAUGCGUGCUGGGAGCUCUACUGCUUGGAGCACGGAGUUGGACCCAAUGGCAUCUUAGCCUACCCUCAGCUGGAGUCCAGCUGCAAUGCCUUCUUCAAUAUCACUGGAGCAGGAAAAGUUGUACCCAGAGUGGUUAUGAUCGAUUUAGAGCCAACGCCAAUAGAUGAAAUACGAACCGGUACCUACAGGCAGCUAUUUCACCCUAGUUCUUUAAUAACUGGAAAAGAAGAUGCAGCAAGUAACUUUGCUCGUGGAUAUUUUGGAGUUGGACGAGAGAUAAUAGAUUUGGCUCUCAAUCGGGUUCGCCUGGUUGCUGAAGAUUGCCAUAGCCUUCAAGGGUUCAUCAUCGUCCGUUCUUUCGGUGGUGGAACUGGAUCGGGAUUCACAUCCUUACUGUUGGAUUGUUUAUCGAAACAUUAUGGCAAGCUGUCCAAGAUUGAAUACGCCAUCUAUCCAGCUCCGAGGAUAUCGCCAAUCAUAGUAGAGCCAUACAAUGCAGUGUUAACUACUCAUGCAUGUAUGAAUUAUGAGGAUGUCUGUUUCAUAUUUGACAAUGAAGCCUUGUACGAUAUUUUAGCCAGAAAUUUGGAUGUUCCACGUCCUACAUAUACAAAUUUAAAUAGACUUAUUGCUCAGGUACUAUCCUGCAUGACAGCAUCAAUACGAUUUGAAGGCUCCAUGAAUAUACAGUUGGUUGAAUUCCAGACUAACUUAGUUCCCUACCCCAGAAUUCAUUUCCCACUGGUGACUUUCGCUCCCUUCGUCUCCGCGGCCAGGGCAUCGCAUGAAUCGCUCACAACUCAGCAGCUCAUGAUGGCGUGCUUUGAGCCUGCAAACCAGAUGGUAAAGUGCGACCCACGGCAAGGCGCCUACAUGUCUUGUUGUCUUUUCUUCCGAGGUGAUGUCAGUACGAAUGAUGUGAAUGCAACGAUAAACCAAAUAAGACGGAUGAAAACUAUAAAGUUCGUAACUUGGUCUCCAACUGGAUUUAAGAUCGGUGUAAAUUACCAGCCACCAACCACAGUGCCAGGAGGAGAUCUAGCUGCCUUACAUCGAGCACUGGUGAUGGUAUCCAAUUCGUCGUCUGUUAGAGUAGCCUGGUUGAGGCUGUGUAAAAAAUUCGAACUGAUGUUCAAAAAAAGGGCAUUCGUCCAUCAUUAUGUUGGAGAAGGAAUGGAAGAAGGGGAGUUUACAAGUGCUUUAGAAAAUGUUAAAGCUUUAUCAAAUGAUUACAAAGAAAUGGAACUAUAAAUGUACAAAGUGAAUCAA